AUUCACUUUCACACAGACUUCUGGAGCGAACGAGCCGACACAGCCGCCCCGAGACGAGCCGGACCCAGCCCGAACCGAGCCACACCGGACCCCGACGACCCCGCGACCCCUGACCCCAGCCGCCGGCGCCAUGGCAACGGUCAUCUGCACGCGCUUCACCGAGGAGUACCAGCUCUAUGAGGAGCUCGGAAAAGGAGCGUUCUCGAUCGUGCGGCGCUGUGUCAAAGUUCACACAGGACAAGAAUACGCCGCCAAGAUCAUCAACACCAAGAAGCUGUCUGCACGAGAUCAUCAGAAGUUGGAUCGUGAGGCUCGUAUCUGUCGACUGCUCAAACAUCCAAACAUCGUGCGACUUCACGACAGCAUUUCUGAGGAGAACCACCACUACCUCAUCUUUGACCUAGUGACCGGAGGAGAGCUGUUUGAGGACAUCGUGGCUCGUGAGUACUACAGUGAAGCAGACGCCAGCCACUGUAUCCAGCAGAUCCUGGAGGCCGUGCUGCACUGUCAUCAGAUGGGAGUGGUGCAUCGUGAUCUCAAGCCGGAGAACCUCCUCCUCGCCUCUAAGUCCAAAGGAGCGGCGGUGAAGCUGGCGGACUUCGGUUUGGCCAUCGAGGUGGAGGGAGAUCAGCAGGCAUGGUUCGGAUUCGCUGGGACUCCUGGAUAUCUGUCUCCUGAAGUCCUGAGGAAAGAUCCUUACGGCAAAGCAGUGGAUCUGUGGGCCUGUGGUGUGAUCUUGUACAUCUUGCUCGUUGGUUAUCCUCCGUUCUGGGAUGAGGAUCAGCACAGACUCUAUCAGCAGAUCAAAGCUGGAGCCUACGAUUUCCCGUCUCCUGAGUGGGACACAGUGACUCCUGAGGCCAAGGAUCUGAUCAAUAAGAUGCUGACCAUAAACCCGUCCAAACGCAUCACAGCAGCAGAGGCUCUGAAGCACCCCUGGAUCUCUCACCGGUCCACUGUGGCGUCCUGUAUGCACCGCCAGGAGACCGUCGAGUGCCUCAAGAAAUUCAACGCUCGACGAAAACUCAAGGGAGCCAUCUUGACGACGAUGUUAGCCACGAGGAAUUUCUCAGGAGGCAAAAGUGGAGGCAAGAAAAACGACGGUGUCAAGGAGUCGUCUGAGAGCACCAACACCACCAUCGAGGACGAGGACACACGAGCUCGUAAACAGGACAUUAUCCGAGUGACGGAGCAGCUCAUCGAGGCCAUCAGCAACGGAGACUUCGAGAGCUACACUAAAAUGUGCGAUCCUGCAGUGACGGCCUUCGAACCUGAGGCUCUGGGGAACCUGGUCGAGGGACUGGACUUUCACCGAUUUUACUUUGAAAACCUUUGGUCUAAGAACUCUAAGCCGGUCCACACCACCAUCUUGAAUCCUCACAUCCACCUGGUUGGCGAGGAGGCGGCGUGCAUCGCUUACAUCAGAGUCACACAGUUCAUCGAUGCCAACGGCUCGCCACGCACCGUCCAAUCAGAGGAGAGCAGGGUGUGGCAUCGCCGUGACGGCAAGUGGCAGAUCGUCCACUUCCACCGGUCAGGCUCGCCCUCCACACUCUGCAAUUAACUUCCAAAUAAGGGCACGCCGCCCGGGACUUCAGCUUUGAUUGACAGCAGGCCCAGUGUCUGACAUCAUCGUUGAGUGGGAGGGACCAGACUCGUCGACCAAUCAGCUUCCUCCUGCUUCAGCUUUAGUUUUAUUUUGAAAGAGGAGGGUAGAAUCAUGGCCGCCUCCGGAUCUGGAACAAAACACUUCAUCCAACGUAAUCAAACGCACCCAAAAGAACCCAACGUAAUCCAACGCACCCAAAAGAACCCAACGUAAUCCAACGCACCCAAAAGAACCCAACAUAAUCAAACGCACCCAAAUGAAGCCAGCGUAAUCCAACGCACCCAAAAAAACUCAACGUAAUCAAACGCACCCAAAUGAAGCCAGCGUAAUCCAACGCACCCGAAAGAACCCAACGUAAUCAAAUGCACCCAAAAGAACCCAACGUAAUCCAACGCACCUAAAAGAACCCAACGUAAUCAAACGCACCCAAAAGAACCCAACGUAAUCCAACGCACCCAAAAGAACCCAACGUAAUCAAACGCACCCAAAAGAACCCAACGUAAUCCAACGCACCCAAAAGAACCCAACGUAAUCAAACGCACCCAAAAGAACCCAACGUAAUCCAACGCACCUAAAAGAACUCAACGUAAUCCAACGCACCCAAAAGAACUCAACGUAAUCCAACGCACCCAAAUGAGCCCAACGUAAUCCAACGCACCCAAAAGAACCCAACAUAAUCCAACGCACCCAAAUGAAGCCAGCGUAAUCCAACGCACCCAAAAGAACCCAACGUAAUCCAACGCACCCAAAAGAACCCAACGUAAUCAAACGCACCCAAAUAAAACCAACACAAUCAAGCCCACCAAAUGAACCCAACAUAAUCCAACGCACCCAAAUAAAACCAACACCAUCAAGUGCACCCAGAUGAACUCAACGUAAUCCAAUGUACCCCAAAACAAAACAAUGUAAUCCAACACACCCAAAUGAGCCCAACUCCAUCAAGUGCACCCAAAAGAACCCAACGCACCCAAAAGAACCCAACGCACCCAAAAGAACCCAACGCACCCAAACAAAACCAAUGCCAUCAAGCUCACCCAAAAGAACCCAACGUAAUCCAACGCACCCAAAAGAACUCAACACAAACCAACGCAAACCAACGCACCCAAAUGAAGAGUUUGUACCAGAUCCAGAAGUGGCGGCGUCUUUAGUUUCUUACAGUUGAAGUUUACGAAAGCUGAGAGGAAUCGCAGAACCUAACGCUUCAACUUUUCUGUAUAAAUAUUCAUUAAUCACAUUAUUAUAACACUUAUAUUAGAGCUACAGAUGUAUAUAUACUGUAGAGAGAACGUUUAUUUAACAGAUUAUAAUAACAGUCAACGCUGUCUGUUA